UAUAUAGGUGGCUAAAUGGCAGCACUGAAGAGCGAAAGCAAAAAACAGUUAGCUUAUGGGAUAAAGGAACGAGAAAGAGAGAGAAAGAGAAGUUACUAUCAUCUUCUGAAAUCAGGGAGAGCAACCCCAAGAACUGGGCAAAAGAUGCCAGUGAUCAAUAUUGAGGACCUGACAGAAAAGGACAAAUUGAAGAUGGAAGUUGACCAGCUCAAGAAAGAAGUGACACUGGAAAGAAUGCUGGUGUCCAAAUGUUGUGAAGAAGUAAGGGAUUAUGUUGAAGAAAGAUCUGGGGAGGAUCCAUUAGUAAAGGGUAUCCCAGAGGACAAAAAUCCCUUCAAGGAGCUCAAAGGAGGCUGUGUGAUUUCAUAA